UCCCUUUAUAUACAACACACAAGCCUCGAAGCCAUCCCUUUCUCUAGUAAAUACUAUUCAAAUCUCACUCUUUCUCUCUCUCUCCAGAACUGGAAACAGUGUUUUUUUGAUGAAUUUGCACCAUUGAUUCGUCUAUGGAGAGGAGCGGGGUGAUGAAAAUGGAGGAUCCAGUUGGUUCGUGGUCAUUUUCAGAUCACGCUCCGGAGAUUCCGGCCGUGUUUGACUUCUCCGACGAAGGCGAGAAGGGAACGCUAGGGUUCAUGGAGUUACUGAGUAUUCAAAAUUAUGGGCCGCCGUUGUUUGAUUUGGUGCAGCUGCCGUCUUUGGAGAAACCGACGGGUGCAGCUCCGGCAGUGCCGGCGUCUUCUGACGUGGUGAAUCCACCGGCCACGCCGAACUCGUCGUCGGUGUCGUCGGCGUCCAGUCAUGAGCAAGGCAGCAAAGCAGUUGAAGAAGAGGAGGAGGAUGAGGAAGAGAAGAAGACUAAGAAAGAGUUGAAGCCCAAGAAGACAACAAGUCAAAAGAGGCAGAGAGAACCGAGAUUCGCCUUCAUGACAAAGAGCGAGGUUGAUCAUCUGGAAGAUGGGUACAGAUGGAGAAAGUACGGCCAAAAAGCUGUGAAAACAGCCCCUUUCCUAGGAGUUACUAUCGUUGCACCAGUGCAUCAUGUAAUGUGAAGAAACGAGUGGAGAGGUGUUUCAAGGAUCCGGCCAUUGUCGUAACCACCUACGAAGGUCAACACACCCACCCAAGCCCAAUCAUGCCUCGAGCAAACCCAUCCUCCAUUGCCACCACCUUUGCUGGCCCGAGGUUUCAAACGACGCCGUUUCAACACCUACACCUCCACCACCACCAGCAACAGCAACAUCCCUCUUUCAACGAUGUUCCACUCUUGAAUUAUGGCCAUGGCAGCAGCUUUGGGAGCGCCGCAAGGUCUGUUCAAGAGAGGCGUUCUUGCGCACCAACUUCUGCUUUGCUUAGAGACCAUGGCCUUCUUCAAGAUAUUGUGCCCUCCCAUAUGAGAAAGGAAGAGGAGAUAUGACGAAACGCGACUCCAUUACUGUUUUGAGAGAGGAGGUGCGGACUGCGGUGUAGACGGAAAAACCCAGUUCUGGCAUGUAAUUCGCUUGCUGACUAGUACUGAUAGAGAGCCUUCUUUCUCUCACGGAUAAACCCGCCUCCACCUUUGUACACAGACCCUCAUGAAUAUCACUGUAACAAUAUGGGGUUUUUGAUCCAAUGGAGGGACUAGUUUCUUUGUAAGUUGGGCGCCUUGGUAUUUUUCCUUUUUUGAUGUGUUUCUUUCUUUCUGGGUAUGUAGAAGUUAUACAACAUACAGAAUAGGUAAUUAUGUUUUUUUUUGGCUAAAGAAUCCCUGUUUGGUUGCUGAGAAAA